AUAAAAAAUAAAAAGAGAAUCAAUAUCAGUAUCUAGCAAACUGAUUCCUGAAAAACCUCUCAAAUUUUUCUUCAGAAUUCAGCACCAGUUUCAGUAUUCGUCUGCCUCAUAAUCUGCAACAUUAACAAAACGCGCUUCUUGAAAAAAGCUCGUUUGGUACUCUGAGAAGGAAUAUGAGUGACCCUUCAUCACAAGGUUGCAGCUUUAUCCCUUCUAGAUCGUGGGCUGUGACUAAUUCUGCAGUUUGGUGCGGUUGGUGUUGGAAUUCUAACAAGGGUGCAUUUAGGGUUUGCUUUGGAUCAUAUCUUCCUUGAAGGGGCAAUUUGUUUUUGUUGUGAAAUUUGCUGAAUUUUCUUGACUUGAUAGGACUUUUGUUGAGAUUUUGUUGGUGUAGGUGUUGUUAAAGAAAUGCUGAAAGGAAAGAAAUCAAUGGAGAUGGAUUUCUUUUCGGAAUAUGGUGAUGCCAAUCGGUAUAAAAUUCAAGAAGUAAUUGGCAAAGGUAGUUAUGGUGUUGUUUGUUCAGCCGUUGACACUCAUACGGGUGAAAAGGUUGCAAUAAAAAAGGUUCAUGGUAUCUUUGAGCAUAUAUCUGAUGCUGCACGUAUUCUCCGUGAGAUAAAGCUUCUCAGACUUCUUCGACAUCCCGAUAUUGUUGAAAUUAAGCACAUCAUGUUGCCUCCUUCAAGUAGGGACUUCAAAGAUAUUUAUGUUGUUUUUGAGCUCUUGGAGUCUGAUCUGCAUCAAGUCAUUAGAGCCAAUGCCGACUUAACAAAAGAGCACUAUCAAUUUUUUCUUUACCAAUUACUUCGAGCUUUGAAGUAUAUUCACACCGCAAAUGUGUAUCAUCGAGACUUGAAGCCGAAGAAUAUACUGGCCAACGCAAACUGUAAACUUAAAAUCUGUGAUUUUGGGUUAGCUAGAGUCGCUUUCAGUGACACUCCAACAACUGUAUUUUGGACGGAUUAUGUUGCUACAAGGUGGUAUCGAGCACCGGAGCUCUGUGGAUCAUUUUACUCAAAGUAUACUCCGGCAAUUGAUAUUUGGAGUAUCGGAUGCAUCUUUGCCGAAGUAUUAAUAGGAAAACCACUUUUUCCUGGAAAAAGUGUUGUCCAUCAGUUGGAUCUAAUCACGGAUUUGCUUGGGACCCCCUCACUCGAUGCUAUAUCUCGGGUACGCAAUGAUAAAGCAAGGAGAUACCUAACUAGUAUGAGGAAAAAACAGCCUGUACCAUUUGCACAAAAAUUUCCCAAUGCAGACCCUUUAUCACUACGGCUACUCGAAAGGCUGCUCGCCUUUGAUCCAAAAGACCGGCCUACUGCUGAAGAGGCAUUAGCACAUCCUUACUUUGAGGGACUGGCAAAAAUUGAAAGAGAACCAUCCUGCCAGCCCAUUACACAAAUGGAGUUUGAAUUUGAAAAGAGAAGAGUAACAAAGGGAGAAAUUCGAGAUUUAAUUUUCCAUGAAAUUCUGGAGUACCAUCCUCAUCUAAAUGGAACAGAGAAGUCUAAUUUUCUUUAUCCAAGUGCUUUUAAUCAAUUCAAAAAUCAGUUCACUCAUCUCGAGGAAACUGGUGGUAAAAGUGAUCCAGUUGUGCCUCUUGAAAGAAAGCAUGCAUCACUUCCCAGGUCAACGACUGUACAUUCAAAUGAUCAGUCAAAUAUUGCUUCCAGCAAAAACCGGCAAAUAACCGAGGAAUAUAAUACUAGUUAUAUGGAAUCCGGCAACAUUCGGGGACUGAAAAUAAUUCCACUUGAAACACCCGGUAAAGUUGUUAGACCACUUGUUCGGUACGGGCAUGAGAGCAUUGUCAAUGAUUCAUAUGAUUCCAGGAUGUCAAUGAGAGGCAAAGCAUAUCCAGCAAUGUUGAAUCAAAACCGAAAUAGCAUCCGAUUUAACCAUAAAUAUUGAUACCAAUACAAAACAAAGAAAGAUGGAACAAGAUGAUUAAACAGCCACUGACAUGGACACAAACUUGAUGCUCAGAUUUAAAGGAUGGACCUGUUCAUGACAAGGAUGUUCUAGAAGGUUUUCAUGUGAAUAGUUUGGCCAAAUAAAGAAGUUCCCAUGCAGGAAAGAAAACAAAGGCUCUUUGUAAUGGAGAAGGUGUAGUCUCUGUCUCUCUCGUGGUAGUUUGUGUAAAAACUGACAUGGAUUAGUGCUUCCCCUUAGUGAGCCAGCUUUUUCUUUUCACAUACUGUAGAACUUUGUAACUUUGGUUACAGCUAUCAAUAAAUUGUAAUUCCAAGUUCAAUCAACAACCAAGGUGUGACAGUCGGUCACAUCUGGAUUGUCCGAUCAAGAUUGGCCGGUUCAUAUUUCAAUGUUGUGAUUUGAUUUAA